AUGGGUGAAACGGCAGGUCAGCAGAGGAAACCGCGUGAAGACAGGGAGAGGACCUGCACACCGCCUGCGUUCGCUGUUGCAUAUCUGGGGGGGCGGGGAGCGGGGGCGGUUGUGAGAAUCGAAGCUCCGCCGCCAGGCAAGGAGGCGGGGAAUCCGUUUCUGUCGCUCCAGAGAAGACAGAUCAGAGAAGCAGACGGGCAAAGUUUUCGUCGUCGCCAGGCUUCCGUUCCUCGGCACCAACGGAGCAGCGCAAGUAUAAGUGUGACCGAGGACCAGUGUCUUGUUCGACUGUGUGGAGGGUCGCGUGCUUUGCGCGCCAUUUCUCGCUGGCUGCAUGCGCCCGCGCAGCAGUUUUUCUCCGCUUCAGUGCCCUUUUCUCCAGACAAACUCUCUAUGUCAGCAGCUUUGUCUCUCGACAGAGGAAACCCUGUACAAACGCGAGCGCCAGCCGAAGAAAAAGAGAGGAAAACGCGAACGAACCUGGACCAGCAACCGGGCACCGGCCCUCCGUUCGCGUGUUGA